AUGAACAAGGGCCUAGGGGAGAAGCGGGGAGAAAGAAGGGCAAGGUCUUUUUGCCGCCGCGUGGCCAUGGCGGGAGUUGAAACCGACGAAUCCUUGACGGAGUACGAGAGGCAGCGGCUGGAGAGGAUACGCGAGAACGAGGCCCGCCUUGAGGCCCUGGGCCUCCGCGGCCUCGCAGCGUCCCCUCUCCUCCGCAACCCGUCUCCGGCGGCGGCGGCUAUGGGGAAGCAGAAGAAGCGGUCCGCCGACGAGGACGAGGAGUACGUCCCGUCCGACGACGGCCGCGGUGAGGAGGACGAGGACGAGAGCUCGUCGGAGAGCGGGCAAGAUGACGACAUGGAUGGGGAGGGGAAAUCGGCGUCUAGGUCUCGUGCCAAGGGAAAGAAAAAGAAAUUGUCAAAGUCAAGUAAAUCUACAAAGAGCGCGGCUACAAAAGGUAGCUCUUCUUCUACUGAUUUCGUUGAUGAUGAUGAUGCCUUACAGCAGGCAAUUGCUCUCUCCCUGGCUGAAUCUUCAGAAAAGUCUGUGACUGCAAUUCGCGCAGAAACUUCAAGCACAGUAAAGGAAGCAAGUGAAGGCACUCCAUACAAGAAUAAUGGCAAAACAUCGGUUCAAGACUCAGCUAAGAACAGAAAGAUUAAAAUGCUGGGUAAGAGCAGGAUUCAACUGACAGAAGAUGAUGUGGUUGCAUUCUUCUUCUCAUUUGAUGAAGUUGGUAAAGGAUAUAUCACACCGUGGGAUCUUGAAAGAAUGGCUACAAUAAAUGAUUUCAUCUGGACAGAUUCUGAGAUAUCUAAGAUGAUCCGUUGCUUUGAUAGUGACGGAGAUGGAAAGAUAAACCUCGAGGAUUUCCGGAGCAUCAUAUCUCGAUGCAACAUGCUGCGGGAGCCCGAGAAAUGAGGAUGAGGCAUGGUGGUGGUCUGAAGAAUAUACCAGCACUGAAGUAUUCGCACUGCUUCCGUACUUCGAUAGUCUGGUCCGAAAAAGUGCAUGAAGAACUAUGCGGAGAAGAACGAAGAAUAUGAACCGACGAGGAGCGGUAGUGUAGCUUUUUUUAGUAGCCAGUUAGCUACUGUCCAGUGUCCACUGAAACCAACUUAAGCUACGACAUGAGCUUGUCAACUGAAUAGAGAUUUUGUUGCUAGGCAUGAGUGCUGAUCUCUGCCACGUAACAAACAGUUUCUGAAAUUGACAGUUGUUUUCUGUC